AACAUUGAAAGUUAUACCAACAGAAGUUUUAGUCAGCAUUAAAAUUUAUACUUAACUGGACACCACGAAACAAGUCCGGGAUCUCUUAAGCACGAAGGCAAAGUAAACGUACAAUUCGAGUACGCAUAUUCUCUCACUCUCUUGAAAGGCGAUCACUCCGCGUCAACACACUUUGACAAAAAUGGUUGCUCGGAAAUUCUCCGUUCGCCACCAUGAUUCCUCGUUCGACGUCGACUACGACACCGAUGACGGCGUCGAAGUUUUCAAAUUCCAGCUUUUCUCUCUCACUUCUAUCCCUCCCGACCAGCUCAAGAUCGUUAGUGAUGAUGACCGUCAAUGGCCUGUAUCGGACGACUCUGAUCUUCUCUCAAUUUGUGAUAAUCUCAAGUUAGUGUCGAUUGAAGAGGAACCGGUUAGCAACAGUGCUGAAAAGCAGGAAGAAUUGCUGAAGUCCGAUGAGGAAUUGGCGCGAAUGUUGCAGGCUGAGGAGGAAGCUCUUUUGCUACAGCACUAUGUUGUGGUUGAUGAUGGUGGAGAUUUCAAAAAUAGGAUACGGCCAUAUAUUAGUCAAGUUCUCAUGUAUGAGGACCCAAUACGGCAAGAUGUGGCUAGAAAGACUGUUCCAGUAGAAGAGCUUGAGGAGAAAGCAUUUGUUUCUUUGGCUAAGGAGGGGAACUUUAAACCAUCAAUAAAUGAACAACGUCAGGCUUUCCUGCUGCAGCUGCUUUUCUGGUUCAAACAAUCUUUCAGUUGGGUCAAUGCACCUCCUUGUGAGGGUUGUGGCGAAGAAACUUCAAGCAUAGGUAUGGGCACUGCACUUCCUGCAGAGAUCCAAUAUGGAGCAAAUCGAGUUGAACUCUAUCGCUGCAAGUCUUGCUCAAGGAUUACUCGCUUUCCACGGUAUAAUGAUCCUCUAAAGCUUGUAGAAACGAGAAAAGGGCGUUGUGGGGAGUGGGCCAAUUGCUUUACGCUUUAUUGUCGAGCUUUUGGCUAUGAAUCUCGCCUGAUCCUGGAUUUUACAGAUCAUGUCUGGACAGAGUGCUUCUCACAGUCUUUGGGAAGAUGGAUGCAUCUUGAUCCUUGCGAAGGAAUAUAUGACAGGCCACUGUUAUAUGAAAAGGGGUGGGACAAGAAAUUAAAUUAUGUCAUUGCUAUUGCCAAAGAUGGAGUUUAUGAUGUCACUAAACGUUACACGCGGAAAUGGCAUGAGGUCCUUUCUCGACGGAUUAUUGCCAGAGAGGAAACAGUGCGUUCUGUUCUUAAUAACUUGACACGAGAAUGUAGAAGAAACUUUGCAUCUGAGGUUCUUUCUGCUAUUGAAGACCGUGAUAAAUCUGAAGUGGAAGCACUUGAAAGAUAUUUGCAUUCUGCAGAUGAUAAUUCUGUCUCUUUACCUGGAAGACAAAGUGGGGACAGGGAAUGGCGCAUAUCAAGAUCAGAGAUUGGUACUGAUGACAUAUGCUCUUUGAGUUGUUCUUCUUGCCCAGUUCGAGUGUGCAUAGAUGAGCACGUGACGAUAAUUUAUAAUGCUUUUUCUCCUGUAAUUUCUCAAAUUGUUGAGAGUGAUAUAUCUAAAGUAAGAGCAAUUGAAGUAUUCAUGAGUUUUAAAGGAAUUUUGGUGGAUCUUAGGAAGGCACCCUAUAAAACAAGGAGAGUUUCCUUAAAUGCAAAUUCUAAUGAUGUACAGAAGAUUCUGUCUUCGCUGGUGCCCUCCCUUAGACAAUUAUUUGAGGCUCUUUCAUUGAAGUGUAAGUUGGAUGCUGAUGGAAGGCUUGAAAUAGGCUUGGCUGGUGACCCUGUUAAAACCUCUUUAUCACUGUCCGUUGUGUUGGAUGCUUUGGAUGACAUAAUCCAUGAUAUUAAAAAUUGCAAUAAUUUCAGUAGAGAUUCUCUUUCUCUGCCACUUCUGAAGUUAAACCGAAUUCAUUCUGGAUUUGUCUUAGCAAGUGGAGAAGAGAUUCCUUUUGGGAUUGCCACAUCAGCUUUUGAUGGAACUCGGUCAUCUAAAUGGGAAGAACCAAAUGGUGCUAAAGGUUGUUGGAUAAUAUAUAAACUAGCGGACAACCAGAUGCAUGAACUUGUGGGAUACGAGUUGAUGUCAGCCAAUGAUGUUCCAGAGAGGGAUCCAAUGGAUUGGGUUCUUGAGGGAAGUGGCGAUGGGGGAUCCAGCUGGCGGGUUUUGGAUAUACAAACUUCUCAGAUGUUUGAAAAUCGUUUCCAGCGUAAAACAUUUAAGAUUAAGUCAACUGGAUUUCCAUCAAAUGUUUUCAGGUUUAGGUUUCUGGCAGUUCGAGAUACAUCAAAUCCUCGAUUUCAAAUAGGUAGCAUUGAUCUGUAUGCAAGUAGCAGUUAACACGAAUGUGUAAAUCACCAGCCGAAGUGUGAAGUUGAGGUGCCUUAUGGAUUACAUUUGCCCCUCCUCUUAUGUUAAUUCAUCAGAAUCUUCAUGUACUGAGCCUAAUAGGAGAAAUCCGCCUCUAAGAUUUCUCUCUCAGUGAGUUGCCAGUACAAAGAUAUAACGGGCAAUAACUUGCGUUUCAUGCCUUGCAUAUUUAUACUUUAAUUAACAAUCACAAUCCUUGCGGGAAUUGGGUAUAUUUGACUAUUUUGGAUCCGGAAAACGGUAGGAAUUUUAACCGGGUAAUCUUUUGUUGACAUCAAUAUCAAACAAUGCCUAUAUUUUGUUGCU